CACCGUGGGACCCGCACCCAUCGCCCCCCCCCCCCUUCAAGGAGGGAGCGGUUAAGCGACACUAGUAUCCCAUACUCAGCAACAGGCGAUUCGGGACGGCUCUAGAAAUGGCAGCAGGAGGGUACUCGCCAAUUCAUAGGGUCUCUAGUCCUCAGAGGCUCGGCGGCCCUCAGCUCCAUUCUAUCUACGAAGGCAAGCUAAUAACCAAGCUGCCAUCAAAGCCCUCCCCAUCCACCAGGGUGUCAAUCGGGCAAACACAUCAUUCUAAACGAGUACGAAAACAUACACAUCCCAACCUACGGAUCCACCUCGGGUGGGUCCCAGGGCACUGUCCAGGCAAUGAAAAAGCCGACUCGCUCGCCAAAAAAAGUCACCAAUCCCAACGUCUCCCAUGCCCCUUACAUGCCUGCCUCUCUAGCGGCAACUCGCCGAAGGCUGCGCAGACAGGGCUCGGAUAACGAGCCCUCUGCCACAAAGGCAGUGUUCCACUGCUGUGUCCACUACAAACAAGAAUCUGGCGUCCCUACCAAGUGGCACAUCCUCCAUCUACGAUCCGCGCAUGUAGCUUUGAGCGCCUAUGGAGACAUGUGGACUCGCCCAAUUUCCCUCUAUUCACCUGCCGUUGUUUCUGCCGCAAGCGCCAAAAGCUCAAGAGGAGCCUCCGCUGAUGAUACAUCCAUCAAAACUUUCGAGCCGUCCCAAUUGCUCUCCCAUCUGAAGAUCCUUCUGCACACCACCCGGUUUAUCCGCGAAACGGAGCGCUCCCCCUUGUAUGCAACGCGAUCUAGUCAAUCGAGCGAAGCGGGCAUUCCACUCCUCUAAUUAAUGUGGCCUUUUCACCAAGCACGCUAGAUCUGCUGUCCAUCCCGGCUUCCCACCUAAGCUUGAGGGUAACCAGCUGCAAAAAUAAAAAAGCUAUGCCUUGCGACUGAUAAUAUGGCGAUCAGGUG